CAUAAGCACGAGCUUAUUUCACCGUCAGCGAUCACGGAGUUGUCAUUACACACGCACGAGCGCUGUCAGUUUGAACAGCUCGGCUUACAGACGUGUAUACCUUCACCGAGCAAUAAAUUCGAUGAUUUGCAUUCUAACACCUAUUUAACCGCAUGGUUAUCUGAAUCUGGAUUUUACGCACUGAACCUUAUAUGGACAGCGCGCUUUGCAGCACUCUGCGUGUUUUUUCCACGGUAUUUGCCCAGUAGAUAGUAAUUAAUCAAAAUAAAAAUUUAAAAUUUAAAAAAUUUAAAAAAUGGCAACGGACGAGCUUUCAUCGAAGCUGAACCGUCGGCUGCAGAUCGAGGAUGGCGCGCACGAGCCGGUGAAUUUGGACGGGGCUCACGAGAACGGAGCGCACGAGAAAGCGGCCACGGCCAGCGCGGAUUCGGAGCUGGGAGCGAAACUGCAGCGGCGCGGGGAGCUGAACGAGGGUGUUGGUGAACACCAGCAGCCCAGCAUGAAGGUGUCCAACCCAUACACCGAGUUCAAGGAGUUCUCGAGGAAACAGAUCAAAGACAUGGAGAAGAUGUUCAAACAGUAUGAUUCAGAGAAAGAUAACUUCAUCGAUCUGAUGGAGCUGAAGCUGAUGAUGGAGAAGCUCGGAGCACCACAGACUCACCUGGGGCUGAAGAACAUGAUCAAAGAAGUAGACGAGGACUUAGAUGGCAAACUCAGCUUCAGAGAGUUCCUUCUUAUCUUCAGAAAAGCAGCCGCAGGAGAGUUGGCUGAGGACAGUGGGCUUCAUGUCUUGGCACGCCUGUCAGAGAUUGAUGUGUCAACUGAGGGAGUGAAGGGAGCCAAGUCAUUCUUUGAGGCUAAAGUGCAAGCCAUUAAUGAAUCAAACCGGUUUGAGGCGGAAAUCCGUCAGGAGCAGGAGGAGAAGAAACGGCAGGCGGAGGAGAAGAAACACAGACAAGCUGCUUUUAAAGAGCUGAAGUCAGCCUUCAAAUAACCACACACACCUCAACAGCCUCAACUUACCACGUCUGUCUUUCGGUUCAUCAAAGAGCCCCCUAACCAUAGAUACUAUGCAAGGCUGUGAAAUGCUUCGAUAACCAUGCAGAUUCAUCUUCCUGUGAGAGGGAUACCUGUGUAGUUUGUGCUCAUAACUGGAUCUAACACAUCCAUCAUUGUUAAAAAAAAAAAAAAAAAAAAAAAAACAUUUUUUUUUUGCUUCUUUUAUCUUGCUCCCUCUCUCUCUCUGGCUCAUUUUGAAUGUGAAGCCAGACAUUGAUGUCAGUACACUGGAUUGGAUUUGUUCAAAUCUGUUUCAAUCGCAUGUUUUUAUAUGUACUGUACAUGUACUGUACAUGUACUGUAGUUCUUACAUCAUUGUUCUGUGUCAGUCUCAUUUUAGCUUGAAUGGCUUGUUUCAAAUCACUCGUGUCUUGUUCGCGUCAACGUUAAAGCGCAGUGGGUUGCUGAGAUUUCAUUUUAACGCUUUAAAAGGCAAUUUGGAGUUUUAAAGGGUUUUUAAUAAAUUGUAUGCCAUAUCCAAUCCUUUGCUUUCAUAUCAGUGGCAAUAGCACUAGUGUCAGACAUAAUUUCCUGUGUAAACAGGACAUGCUUUCACUGUACCGUUACUAAUUAAAUUUGCACGGUGUCUAUUUGAACAUGAAAGCACAAAGCAUUGGUGUACAUCCGGUUCAGACAUGCUCUCACAGAUACAUGAAAUAAUUAGAACUUAAAAUAGUCUGUAUUUUUUUCUAAGAGGUGAGAGAGAUGGAGAGUUAGAGCUGGGUGUAUGUGCAUGUGUGGUGAUGAUUGUAAUGGUGUUUGUUAAGAGUGUUUCUAUACUGUAUUUUUGGAUGGUCACUGUGAUGUCAUUUUCCUUUGACGUUAAAUGUGGCACACACAAGCUCACAAACUCAUCUAUAUAGUCAAAAUUGCAGUGAGAAUUAUGUAAAUUUGAAAGAAUUCUGGACCUCUGCAAUCUGUGCCUCCUUGUGUGCUAAACAAGGAAAUGUUAAAUCAGAGGGAUGAGUUAAAAUCAACUCCUCAACUCUGUUAAGUGUAAACUUCCAGCAUGGCUAAACUAAAUCAAGUUCUGGCUUGCAAAUAUUUAUCAUUGUAUGGCCAAUAUUCCAAGCCUUUCACAGCACCACAAGCACAGUGAAAUUAGGUGAAAGCAACAGUGUUUUGUUGUUAGAAUCAAGUCAUUAUUUGAUAGAGAAACAGGCAUGGCAAUUAUAAAGAGCCAGUACAUGUGUUCCAAUAUUGAAAAGAAGGAAAUGUCAAAUAUGUUUGAAUGGAAUCUGACAUAUUUUUUCCCAUUUUUUUGUAGUUUAAAAGAAAUACUAAUAGAUUUCACCAACAAAGUUUACUGUGAUCUAAAAAUGAGGGAAACAUUUCUAAUGGAUACCCAUAAAGGAAUCAUUCACAAGCCUGUAAUUGGUCAUGUAAUUGAGAAACUAAUGUAUAUGGCAGUACACUGUGGCUGAGGAAACAGAUGCUAUGUGUAAAACAAAUCUAUAUUUUCAUGUAAUGAAAAUUUUAAAUUUUAGUUUUGUAUGGAAAGGGGUCUUGUGAAAAGUGACAUUUUUAUUUUGUCUACAAUCUUGUCUCCCUUGUAUUCUACGUGUAUCAGAUACUUACAUUUUUUCAUGACAAUCUGUAAUACAUGCUGGCUAAAUGUUCAGAGUCACUGGUAACGUUCUUGUUUGCUCACUAGUUCUGUGGAAAUUCAAACAGUACAUGUAUGAAUAUUUGUCUCCCUAUCGUCCACUCUUACAGUGCAGCCAUGUUCAUGUUUUUCCUUUAAAAUUGUAAGUUACUGUUCCACUGAAAAGUAGUUUGAAUACUAGAUGUUAAAGAGUGAAAAAUAGUAAUGUAGUUGUUAGUGACUGGUGAAAGAGGAACCAAAGCCGACUGAUGAAACCAUUCAAACAGCUAGCUGCAAUCUGUUAGAAGCCAUAAACCAUUCUGUCAUUCCUUUUGAAAGAUUUUGGUUAUUCUAUUGUUAUGUUGUGCCAAAUGUAUUAGCAGUUCGGUACUGCGUUAGGCUUACAUCAGUAUAACAUUCUGCUGUACAUUUCUCAGAAAUCCAUCAUAACAUUUCUGAUCAACAGACCUAGAUUAAUCUGAACUAAUAUUCAAAGAGCGUUUUAGAAUUUGGUCUAAACAACACUGAUCUACAGUGUUCAUUAUUACGGUUUUGUUGUUAGUUUUAAUAAUAUUUAAGAACCCUGUUUAUAAUUUUGGUUUUAUAAUUAAUAUUUGUAUGUCUGAAUAAUUCAGCUCUGGCUGUAUUAUCACAAAGAUACAAUUUCCAUUUAGGAUUUCAGUAAAAAAAUCUGUUCUUUCCCAGGUAAAUAACAUAGUAAGAAAAAAACUAUUUUAUUUGAUCAUGUUUGUUGUUUAAUGUAAUGACAGAAGGAGGAGAAAAAACUGUUUUCUUAUGGAUUUUAUAAUAAUAUAUAUAUAUACCAUUCCAUUCUUCAUUUCAGCAAUCUGAAAAUGGUUGAGAGGGCCUUUAACCACCCUGACUAUAUCUGUACCUUACUGUCACUGUCUGUAUCAGUUGAAACUGGUGGUUAUUGUGUCAUACUCGUAUAGGCUUAUACAUAUUGAUAUGUGGCUUCUAUAUUAUGCACAUUUAUUUUGGAUUUUCUUACUAAAGUGUAUAAUUAUUCUUGUAACAAUAAAAGUAUUUUUAAUUUGAA